GCGGCCGACCUACCGUUCUUCCACGCCGUAUGCAUCGAUUCAAGACAGAAUGGCGUCCAAUAUUCUCCAGAUUCCGUUUCGACGUUCGCACCCUGUGUCCUUAUCCGAAGCUAUUACGCAGUACAUCUCCUCCAAAUAUGACCAACGUCCGGAUAUGUUCGCCGAGGAUCUCUUGAUCAUCGAUCGGCUGCGAAAUGAAGCGAUCAAUGUUCAGGAGGCACACGUCAGCGGGAUAAGCCGGCUGGUCACAUACGCGGCGCAGUUGAAAUGGCUAGGCGGCAAGUUCCCCGUCGAUGUCGGCGUGGAGUUUCCAUGGUAUCCAGCAUUCGGCUUCAAUACCUCGAGACCAGUCUCGCAAAAUAACAUUCGAUUUGAGCUCUCCAAUGUAAUCUAUAAUCUCGCAGCCUUGUACUCGCAGCUCGCAUUUUCCGUCAAUCGGACAACUGCAGACGGCCUCAAGCAGGCAUGUAACUACUUCUGCCAGGCAGCGGGCGUUUUAGUCCACCUACGAACCGAAAUACUGCCCGAUCUUCGCACAUCCCCACCCGAAGACAUGGACGAGAUGACCCUUCAAAGCCUGGAACAGCUUCUCCUUGCGCAAGCGCAGGAAUGUUUUUGGCAGAAGGCUGUCAAGGACGGGCUGAAAGACGCCUCGAUUGCUCGCUUGGCCGCAAAGGUCUCGGACUUUUAUGCCGACGCGGGAGACCAUGCGGUCAAGUCGAAUGCGAUCAGUCCGGAAUGGAUCCAUCACAUGACGGCUAAACAUCAUCACUUCGCGGCGGCGGCGCAGUAUCGACAGUCAUUAGAUUGCCUAGAGAAGCGCAAGUAUGGUGAGGAGGUAGCACGGUUGAAAGACAGCGAGCUUUGCGUGAAUGAGGCGCUAAAGGAGUCUCGCUGGAUCAAUCGCACGGUCCUGGGAGACUUGCAGGGCCUCAAGAGUCGGGUCACCGAGGAUCUCAAGCGCGCCGAGAAGGAUAACGAUAUGAUCUACCUUAACUCCGUGCCACCUAAAUCGGAGCUAAGACUAAUCGAUCGCGCGUGCAUGGUGGCCGCGAAAGCCCCGUCGCAGGUUACGGAUGCCAUCUCAAUGCUUGGAGAGAACGGGCCUCUGGGCCAGCCUUUAUUCACGAAAUUGGUACCGUAUGCGGUGCAUAUCGCGGCCAGUAUUUACUCCGACAGGAGGGACAGACUGGUCAAUGAGAAGAUUAUCGGACAAUUAGAGACUAUGACGGAUAAGUUGCGAGAUCUGCUUUCGUCCUUAAACCUUCCUGGCUCUCUGCAGGCACUAGAAAAGCCGCUGGGAUUACCACCGACUCUGGUAUCCCACGCAGAGGAGAUGCGCCAGCAGGACGGUCUCUACCGGCUGCUUAGGUCUCUCGAGGAUACGGCCAAGGUGAAAGACAACGACAGGGCUGUGUACACUGAAGGAGUGGAGCUUCUCGCGGCCGAAAAGGCAGAAGAUGAUGCAUCACGCCGCAGGUAUGGCACUGACCGGUGGACACGGGCAUCUUCCGAGGAAGCAGCUUCCAAGCUCUACACGACGUCACGGGAGAUUGAAGGAUAUUUCAACUCGGCUCAAAGCAGUGACAGUCUCGUGGAACAGAAACUGAAAGACUCGGAGGCAGUGUUCCGAGUGUUGACCGGCACAAAUCGGGACCUAGAGAUGUACGUUCCAAGCAGUCGCAGGGCCGCGAUUCCGGCCGAGGUCGAGCGGGAGGUGACGCGACUUCGUGGAUGCCUGAGCGAGGUCAACCGACUGGAGAACCGCCGAAAGCGACAGGUGCAAGCCCUGAAAGACAAGUCCAGGGCAGAUGAUAUCAGCCAAGCACUGACCAAGCAGACUGCACGGUUGGAACGCGAGUUUCCCAUGCAGCCAAUUCAGGCGAGCCAGUUUGAGGAUCUAUUCGAAGAGCAACUUCGCCUGUACGACACCGACCUGCGAAUGGUGACCGAGGAGCAGCAGGGCCAGGACCAGCUUGCAGCACGGAUCUGCGAGGCCAAUCGGGCCUUCUCACGCGCACAUACGGGUGAUGCUUCAACAAGGGAGCGAGAACGCGCCUUGCAGGAAUUGGAGAACGGGUACUUGAAAUACAAGGAGAUUAUUUCCAACAUCGAAGUGGGAAGGAAAUUUUACAAUGAUCUGGCUAAGAUCGUAGGACGAUUUCGCGACGACUGCAAGGCCUUUGUGCACAAGCGGAGGAUGGAAGCUAGUCAACUAGAAAGUGACAUCUCCAGUGCUGCCGCAAUGGCAUCCUUGAACAUCUCCCCACCCAUUCGGCAACAGCAGCCGCAGUCAACAUAUCAUACACCCACUGCCCCGACCAGCCAGCAUUUUAGCCAGACUACACAGCAGACAUAUAACCCGGCACCCGUGCCUGCGCAGCAACAGUCCCGCCCAGCAUUUUCCGCGCCAGGAUCACAGCCCCAUCCCCAAGCAGCUCCCAUCCCGGUAGCAGUUCCAACCACACCGCAACAACCCCAACUCCUUCUGCCACGUGCUGAACCCAUGACCGCGCCGCAACCGACCCGGGCAAACGCCCGGCCCCCUAUGAAACCAGGGAUGUGGACACCAGAAAUGGGGAUUCGGUUCGGAACUGCUGGCGGGACCGGUGGGACGUGGGAUGCAAGUAAAGGGUUGAAGUUCUCUUAGAUACGAUUUUUUCCCUCUCUGUCUGUUCUUAGCGGCCAUAUCAAGUCAUGAUUUGCAUUUAUUGGUGGCGCGGGGGGAAAGAGCGCGCGGGGAAAGAAAUGUCUUGACCAUGAAGUGAAUUUAUACGCUCAUGGACGUAGAUAAAUUAGCAUUACAUACUUAAAAACGUU